AUCUAAUCAUCGCUUUCUGGAUUUCGUAAUUCCAUUUUGUUUAUCUCCCUUUGACACCAAUGAUUCAAUCAUUGAAACAUUAUGUUUAUAUGAUUCAGAAACCAAGAUCGAGUUCUUGUCAAUAACCCAAAUGAAAAUAGUGUGAAGAUGAACUUUAUCGGUAGUUUAUUGGGAACUAUCGGAUUUGUAUUUGGAAUUCCCGUCGGUCUUUUUCUGGGAUUUCUCAUCUUUAUUAGCACAGAAUCUACAGAUGUGAAGAUUCCAUUCAUUAGGCCUCUUCAGGAGCUCGAUAGAAGCUCAUUGGUUGAUAUUCUACCCGAAAUUCCAUUAUGGGUGAAGCACCCAGACUAUGAACGAUUCGUGAUAUGUGGCCUUAUAUUGAUAAGGCAAUAUGUGGCAUGAUUAAAAGUUUAUCAGAACCUAUAUUUUCUGAAUACAUUGGCAUGUUUCAUUUAAGAUCCAUAGAUUUUGAAACUCUUACCCUUGGAACUCUUCCUCCUGUAGUUCAAGGUAUAAAAGUACACCAAAUGAAUGAAAACCAUCUUGUCUUUGAUCUUAUGGCUAAAUGGGCAGGAAAUCCCAAUAUAAUUUUGGUUCUCAAGUUAUUAUAUUUUCCAAUCAAAGUUCAGUUGAUAGAUACGCAAAUAACUGCAGCAAUUCGGGUGACUUUGAAACCAUUUGUUCCCACCUUCCCUUGCUUUUCAAAUGCACAAGUUUCUCUAAUGGAGAAGCCUGAAGUAGAUUUUGGGUUGAAAGUAAUGGGAGGUGAUCUAAUGGCAAUCCCUGGAGUCCAUAAUUAUGUUCAGAGACUAAUCGAUGAACAAGUAUCUAGUGUUUAUCUAUGGCCUCAAACUUUGGAGGUCCCAAUUCUUGAUGCUUCCAUUGGUGCAGCCAAGAAACCCGUGGGUAUCCUACAUGUGAAAGUUAUACGGGCCCGCAAACUCAAAAAGAUGGAUAUAAUUGGAACUUCUGAUCCAUAUGUUCGUUUAAGUUUAAGUGGAGAGAGGAUUUCUUACAAGAAAACUAGUGUAAAGCUCAAAAAUCUAAACCCCGAGUGGAAUGAAGACUUUAAACUUACUGUAAAAGAUUCCGCGUGUCAAGUCCUUCAACUACGCAUAUACGAUUGGGAAAAGGUUGGGGUGCAUGACAAGUUAGGAAUGCAAGUUAUCCCAUUGAAUCUUUUGACACCACAUGAAAAGAAGGAGUUUACAAUGGAGUUGGUGAAAAACAUGAAUCCAAAUGAUCCGCGCAAUAAGAAGCCACGUGGAAGCAUCACGGUGGAAUUAAACUUUGUUCCUUUUGUUGAAGACACCAUGGGGUUCAAUGGACCUAUUGACUUGUUUAUGAAAAAAGAAACAAUUCCUAAAACACUUGAGAGUUCGUAUGUGAAUAGAGCGGGGUUGCUUGUGGUGACAGUGAUCGGGGCAAAAGAUCUUGAUGGAAAGCGCCAUAAUAAUCCUUUUGCUUUAGUCAUUUUCAAAGGAGAAAAACGUAAAACAAAGGUAUUGAAGAAAACUCGGAAUCCAAGUUGGAAUGAGGAUUUUCAAUUUAUGUUAGAUGAAGCUCCAUUAGAGGAGGCUAUCCAUAUUGAAGUGAUAAGCAAACGCAAGAAUAGAGCCUUUAGAUUUGUGUCAUCAAAGGAAGCAUUGGGACACGUGGAUAUCAAUCUUGUGGAUGUAGUUUAUAACAAUCGUAUCAAUGAGAGGUACCAUCUCAUUAACUCACGAAAUGGAGAGAUACAUGUCGAUAUACAAUGGAAUGCGACAUAAUGGUAUAGUUGUAGUUAGCUUUACAAAGAUUGUUUAAUUCUUGAAAGAUUUAUCUAUUGGGGAUGGUUGUAGCAUAGGGAAUCAUGUUGUAAAGAACAUUGUUUUAAGUUGUAAUUUACAAGGUACCAAAUAUAU